AUGAGCCCACGAAUCUGGGGUGGAACGGAUUUCAGAUAUGAUACACAACAAAUCAGUAAUCUGCAAAAAGAUCUUCUUCCGGAUGCUGUGAGACAAUGGUGUCAGCCGGUUCAGUACUAUGGUUACCCGUCUCUCGCUUGUUGUUCUGCAACGUGGAUUAACGUGUUGCUAUUGAAUAACACAAGUUUGGGAGAACAAGAUACUCAGGUGAAGGCUUAA